AUGCCUCAUCAGAUUGUGGAUGACCUGGAAACUGCACAGGACAAUAUGAAAGAACUCAAAGCAUCUCAGACUUUGAAUACCACGGAAGAAACCAACACAAUGCCCCACAAUGUCACUAUUGUUGACCCUGAACCCUCUACCAACAUGGCAAGUGUUUCAUCAGACCAUGCCGAUAUCCCUAGAUCCGACGUCUCGAAGUUGAAGACACCAGAGAUCACCAUAGCCCCAUCAGAAGUCUCGUUCGACGACACAAUGUCAACGAGAUCUUCCAGCUCUAGCCUCGGCACCGAGAUGACAAACCCUCCCACCACAGAUGAGAAGACUGAAGACCCCAUCGAGUCCAAAGUCUCUGAGAUAUCGGAGAGGAUUUUAGAUGUCAUUCUAGAAUACUCUCUCAACAAGUUCGACAGCACCGCAGAACUCCACAGCAAGGGCAGACCCAAGUUUCUCGCCAUCAUCUCCCGCUUUGUCACAACACGACAAAAAGUGGUUAUGUGUCUGCCAGCAUUCCCAUUCAAGUCAGCCAACAAGGUCGAAAAAGUGCUGGGUAACCUGCCCGACAAGGCCGAAGAAGUAUCGCUCGCUAGACUGAACACUAUGUGUACCACUAUUGCUGGUUUCUACGAGCCGGGUGCUCAGUUGACGAUCAUCUCAGAUGGCCUCGUUUACAAUGACUUACUGGGCAUCUCUGACCUUGAGACCUGGCGCUACGGUUCAGCGCUACGAGCCAUGGCCCAGAGCAAGGGCUUCUCUAAUCUCGCAUUCUCCCGUCUUCAGGACUUGGUCGCAGUCAAGAACCUGCCCAAUGACCUUAAUGAGCUCACCUAUGUUGCCAACGCGACGAACUUCCGUCGAACCCUAUUCAACAAGUACGGCCGGGACGGUGAUCUCGACAUUGACCACGAGAUCGCCACUAAUAUGGAUACCCUCGGGACUUAUAAGGGGUACUGUCGCUUCCUCAAGUCAGACCUUCAGCACAUCUACGGCCCAGCCAAGAGUUCUGCCAAGUACAGGAAGGAUGUCAAAUAUCUCGCCAAGCAGCUUUUGAUCAGAGGAUAUCAUCUCUUUGAUCAGUCCUUUGCAGGAGCCGUCAAAGCGCGCUUCCCCGAACAUUUGCGUCUCAGUAUCCAUCAGUCUACAGGAGAGCACAAAAUUUCCAUUAGCCUGCUAAACACAAAGAGCGGUUUUACCACGCCAUGGCAUUGCAGCGUUGCAUUGAUGGAAGACGGAGAGUGGCUCAGCGGUCUUGCGGUUGACUUCAAAGCCGAUCGAUUAUUGGAACUCGUCGAGGAGGAUGGCAGAACUAGUUACUUCAGAGAAGUCGCCCGCCAGCGACCGUACUUGACGGAGAGCGCGAAGCCUCGUGUAGUCGUCAAACAGGAACCACAGGCCCACAGGCAAAGAAUACGCGCAUAA